AUGGUGCUAAGUGAAAUAUGGACACUAGCCUUCGGAGCACAGAACAGUCUACCAGACCAGGAAGACCCCGACCUCGCCGCUCAACGUCGUCAUCACCAUCACAAUAACAACAACAACAACAACAACAACAACAAUAACUCUGGCUCUGACGAAUACGACGACGACGGCGAUAGUGACAGCCACGAGGAGAGACAGGAAGCCGCGAUUGCCAAAAUCCUCGCUCGACAGCAUGUCCUCGUCGACGCAGAACGGGAUAUAUUGGGCACCACAGUUUAUUUACCCGUACCCAGUGUUCGAGACGAGGCGGCCGAAAACAAGAGCGGGUUUAUUCUAGUGGUCACCUCCUUGACCCUCAACAACAUUGGGUGUUAUCCUUUCUUUGGCAUCCGUGACCGACAUCAAGUGUUUCCGAGCCUGUUUCCAGAGACAUCGCCACGGUCAUCAUUCCAGUACCUCCAGCAGGUGUAUCGGUCACAAGGAGUACUCGGGAUAUGGUACGGCAUGCCCUGUAGCAUGAUCUGCCACACCUGCACCAUCUUCUAUGAAGCCUUUCUCAACAGCAUCAUUGCACGCCUCCGACAUCAUUCUCGUAAGGUCCUCCCGAAACCACUCAUCUACCUCUCCACACGAAUUGUCGAGUUCCUAUUGUAUAUACCCCUCUACCCGCUUUUACGGAACUCGCUCCUCCUCAGGAUGGACUCACGGACAGGACCCUGGCCAGGCAACGCCUCAUACGUGUGCCUCCUCCGUUCGUUCUUUGUCGACUAUGUCCACGACCUCAUCGGACUCUUCUACAGCCGGGGCCGGUCCCCUAGCAUCUUACCUCUCUACUCGACCGUCCUCCCUUCUUACGUCCUCAACCUCCUCUUUGAGAUCAUACAGACCUGGAUUUUUCGAUGGAUCUAUCCAAGACUGGUCCCUGCCAGUUUCUUUAGUCGGAAGCGAUCUUCGAAGGCUUCAUCUAUACACCCGCCUCAACACUCACCACCACUCCUGUCAUCUAUGCCGCGUGGGUCGUCGUCUGUGAACAAUGGUGGAACCUCUUCAUCUUCAUCGCGCCCUUCACCCUCCAGGAGGAGCGGCGGGCGCCAACACCACCAGCAGCAGCACCAAACGCCACAGCAGCAACGGCAACAGCAGCAGGACCAGCAAGCCGUCACGGACGGAUCCAUGACUGCCGUGACAGCGACCGAGAUCUCGGCCACCAUCAUGGCCGCAAUGCCCUCAGUUUCCUCCAGCUCCCCAACAACAACAACCCUGGCCGUCAACCGCGCCCGUCGAGGACUCCGAUACCUCUCUGCCGUCUCACCCCGGAACCCUACAUUGCUACAGGAGUUCUACCCCGAAAUGGUCUGUGCCAUGACGAGCAGUAUGAUCACCCGUGUACUCCUCUACCCUCUCGACACUGUCGCCUCCCGUGUCUCGGCUCAAGGAGGGUCCUUCCCGGGCAUAGGCAUGGCCCCGACACGAUAUAAUGGGUUCUGGGAUUGUUGGAGAAUGUCUUUGAGACCUGAGGGUGGGGGGUUGUGGGGACUGUAUUCGGGGGUUGUGGAUUGCAUUAUUGUUGAGGCUAUGGUCCGAUGGAUUGUCCUUGAAGGGACUUGGUUUGCACAUUUGGCCAUCAAAUGGUUCCAUAGACGUUCGUGA